AUGAAGGAGACGCCGUUGUCAAACUGUGAGCGGGAUUUCUUGCUAAAAGCCAUUCAAGAGAAAAAACGAUUGGAUGGACGGCAGACAUAUGACUACAGAAAACUAAAGAUCAUGUUCGGGACUGACUUCGGAUGCUGCUUUGUGGAACUGGGCAAAACGAGGGUAAUGGCCCAGGUAUCCUGUGAGCUGGUGGCCCCCAAAGAUAACCGACCAAAUGAGGGAAUCAUGUUCUUCAAUGUCGAGCUGUCACCCAUGGCUUCACCUACAUUUGAGCAGGGCAGGCAAUCAGAGUUGUCAGUGAAGCUAAACCGUCAGCUGGAGAGAUGCUUAAGGAACUCCAAGUGCAUUGAUACGGAGUCCUUGUGUGUCGUGUCUGGGGAAAAGGUUUGGCAAAUUCGGGUCGAUGUACACCUGUUGAAUCAUGAUGGGAACCUGAUGGAUGCUGCCAGCAUUGCUGCGGUCACUGCACUGUGCCACUUCAGGCGGCCUGAUGUUGGGAUCCAGGGAGAUGAAGUCACUGUGUAUAGUACAGAAGAAAGAGAUCCCAUUCCUUUAAGUAUCUACCACAUGCCCAUCAGUGUCAGCUUCGCUUUUUUCCAGCAAGGGACCUAUCUACUUGUAGAUCCAAGUGAACGGGAGGAGCGUGUGAUGGAUGGCUUGCUAAUGAUUGCAAUGAACAAGCACAGAGAAAUCUGUUCCAUCCAGUCUAGUGGUGGUAUCAUGUUACUCAAAGAACAGGUAAUGAGAUGCAGUAAAAUAGCCAGCGUCAAAGUGUCUGAAAUCACAGAACUCAUCACUAAAGCUCUGGAGAAUGAUAAAACAGCACGAAAGUCAGGCGGCAGGUGUGGCUUUGCUGAAUCGAUGCCUCAAGAGCGAAUCACCGCUAUGAAAAAGGAGGAGACGUCAGUCGAAAUGACAGAUGUGACCGAAAAAGCCGGUGACAUGGUCCUGCAGGCCGAGGUCCCCCCUCAAACAAGUCAGUCACCGGUGGUGCCGCUCCCAGGCAUGGGCCAAGUUGGCCAAGGGCUUCAAAACAGCUGGGGAAUGGAGGAAGAUGAACAGGAUGAAGAGGAAAAUUUCAACAGUGAUGAAGAUAAGGAAACCGUGAUGGAAGUGGUAAAAAAGAAUUUCAUUCCAGGUGAUGUGGUUGAGAUAUCUGACAGUGAAGAGGAUGAAGUGGUCAUACUUGAACCGGAAGCAGUGGACAAAGUGAAAAAGAAGAAAAGUUCAAAUUCCCACCUGAAGGGGUCAGCGGCAGCACAGAAACUGCAUAACAAAUGA